UGGACGGGGAACACAACAUCACCGAUCGGUGCGACUUCUUGGGAUUUUUGACUUUGCAAAUCUACGUGUGACUUAUGAUUUAUCGCAGCGAUGCCGAUUAGAAGCGGCCAGAGGCCAAGUUUGACGCAGAGUCUUGAUCGCGAGAUAUACCAAGUUGUUCGCAAAAUCGCUGACGAGCAGGCCGAGCGUGAGGAUGGCGGGAAGAGGCUUUCUACAUCGGUAGUAUACGACAGCAUUAAGAAUUCGAAUUCAAGUCUUAGGCGCAGACCGAAGAAGUUGCUCGAUGACUCGAUCGACCGUGUUCUACUAGUUAUAAAAGAGGAGCAGGAUGAUAGCGAGGCUUCGCUGGAUGGGGAUUUUGAUGGGAUCGCCGAUGCUGUACCUGUACUGAAGGAGCACAAUGUCAUGAAUAGGAGCAUUACGAAGUUGUGGGCGCAACCGAAGGCAUCCCUCACACCGAACACACAAUCAGAUGCCUUAACGACGGGACAAACUACACCUUCAACUCCAACCCAGGCACUCGAUGGAGAUGCGACGACGCCGGGCAAGGCGGACAGACAUACCAAUGGAGAGCCGCACAAGAAGCGCCGCAAGGCAGAGAGAGAGCCAAAGAAAGAAGUCGACCGCACUCCACCCGCAGACAUCUCCCUCGCCAACCUCGCGGUGUCGACGCAGUGA